AUGGCGCCGCCAGAUCCAGCCUUGCUGGGAUCGGAGUGGCCGCCGUCGCCGUACAUUCUGAACGUCUUCUCGUCGGCGACGGGGAGAUGGGAGAGGAGAUCUUUCAGCCGGGAAGGCGAGGCCGCGGGAACCAGCGCCGACAUGCAGGUGGAGAGCCGGUGGUGGCCGGAUCGCCGCAGCGUGUAUUGGCAGGGCGCACUGUACGUUCAUUGUGAAAACAACUUUGUUAUGAGGAUAUCGGUGGAAAAUGACACGUACCAUGUAAUCAAACCGCCAAAGGGAGGAAUAAGCACGUACCGUGAGCUUCAUUUAGGAAUGUCCAAGAAUGGGGUGUACUUUGCAUCACUUUGUGAUGACAACAAUGACAGGCUUGAGGUCUGGAUCCUUGAGGAAUCGAGUGGUGAGUUGGUGUGGAUGUUGAAGCAUGAUAGUGGUCGGGGCCUACUGCAAGCAAGUGUAAACUGCGUCCGACGGGGUCGCGGACCGUGGAAUUAUUUGUAUGAUGUUAACAGUCGCCAAGGUGAUGAUGAUGGUGCUAAUGAAGGACAAGUGGAACAUGACGCAUUUGACGAGUGGAAUUCUGAUGACGAUGGCGUUCUCAACGUUGAAGAUCGUAUUGAGGACUGCGAUGGAUACAUUGGAAUCCUUGGAUUCCACCCUUACAAAGAGAUCAUCUUCUUGCACAGAUCACAGAGCAGAGGAUUGGCGUACCAUUUGAAUAGCUCCAAACUCGAGGACUUGGGUAGCUUAUUAUGCACCAGAAUUUAUGAUAGCAUUGAACGGCCUUUCAUAAGGUCGUCAUCUCCAUAUACACCUUGCCAUCUAUAG